AUGGUGAAGGUCCUUAGCCACUUUGCGGGCGAGUUGGCUGACCUGGUCGUUGCCGACGGCGCUCCGGACGCCACGGGACGCUCUGACUUCGACGAGUAUGUUCAACACCAGCUGCUUAUCUCCGAGCUGCUGCUGGCAGAGUCGUUGCUUCGACAAGGCGGCGUCUUUGUCGCCAAAGUCUUCCGAGGCGAGCACUCAGGGGAGCUGUACGCAAGACUGAAUCGAGACUUCGAGGAGGUGCUUUGCUGCAAGCCCCGGGCUUCGCGCAAUUCGAGCCAGGAGUCGUUCGUUGUGUGCCGCGGCUUCCUCGCCAACCUCGAAGAGGGAGACACUGCCUAUGCCCCUGAACGGCACGAGGCUCUGGCAGACCUGGGGCCGGGUGCUCCCUCGCAGGUGGCGGCCUUCGUCGCCUGCGGCGGCAGUGACAGCCUCGAUGCCGACACCAACUAUCCUGUGGCCAAUGACCACCGCGUUCUGGAGCCGCCCGCUCCUCCCAUCGCAGCACCCUACAAAGCCGCAUUGGAGGAGCGGCGGCGCGGUACCAAGCGAUGCGCCCGGGACGGUGCCGAGGGCGAAGGUGCCGCCAGUGCCGGCACCGGCGACUGA